AUGUCUUCGUACCGUGCCUCAUAUCCCAGUAGACAUUCAUCAGACGGUGAUGACAGGAAACGGCAUAGUAGACAUUCCGACGAUGAGAAGGAAGUAGAAAGAAAACACAAAAAGAAAGCUAAAAAAGAAUCGAAGAAACAUAAAAAAGAACAUAAAUCGGAUAAAUUAGAUGAUUCAGAUAAAAUGUCAUAUAUAGAUUUGUCGAUUUACUCAAAUAACGAUAAUCCAUUUAAUGAUGCAAAUUUAGGAGAAAAAUUCGUAUGGACUAAGAAGAAGGAUCGCGAAAAGAAAUCAGGCUUGACUCCUGAAGAGGUAUUUCGUCAUGAGAAACAACGUCGUGAAGAAACGCAGCUCGAACUUGAAAAGUUGAAAAAGAGGAGAGUAGAACGUGAAGUAGAGCAACAAUUGAGAGAGGAAGAGCUUGCACGGAUGCAACGUGAAGCUGAAUUUGCAUCUAUGGGUGAUUGGGCAUCUAAAGAAGACGAAUUCCAUCUUGAGCAAGCAAAACGCCGUGCAGAAAUUCGUAUCAAGGAAAAUAGAGCAAAGCCAAUAGAUAUUCUUGCUAUCAAUUUGCAAGUUGAAGAAUUACAUCAAGAUAUUCAAAGAUAUUUAAGCCUUGAGAAAAAUCCAAAUAAUCUUGAUUUCUGGAGGGUAAGCAUUAUUAUUACUACAAUAUAA